AUGAAUGAAAAUCCUGUCUAUGAGAGGCUUCUUAGUGAGUCCCAGAUACUUGAGCAGCUUCCGAAUGAGCUUGCGGAACUCAUUCGUACUGCUUCUGGGACUCAGUUCCUGAAUGCGCUCGCUGUUAGCGCAUUGAGGUCGAAAUGCACAGAAAGUCUUUUCAGCAUAUACGAACCGAUAUUUGUUGAUCUGGCAGCGCGAUGGCUCACAUCAGAUCUUCAUGUCGAUAAUUUCCAAAUAAUUUCCGCCUUUGCACGUAUCUUACCGUUUGCGCCAUAUCUGCGAUCUUUUGCCAGUCAAUAUGCCGCCUCGUGGGCUGGACCUCUUUCGGCUUUGGCUGUAUCGAAAGAACAAAGUACCUUUCAACUGGAAGAUGCUACGCUCCACACGCUACUCCUCGCUAUAUUCCGACUUUUGUCCUAUGACCUUGAUGUCUUCUCGACGACUGUAUCGCCAUCACAACUCCAGUCCCUAUUUCAGCAUCGAGACCAGGCUAUCAGAUACCUAGCAAUACGGUGUUUUGCCUUAUACAUGCGUGCAGCUGAUGCUGCUACAGAGAGAAUGAUUGGGGCCUAUCUUGCAGAUGGUCCAAUUGAAGGACAAUGGGAAGGCGUGGCGAUCGAUUACCGCUGCCUUGGUUUGUGGGAAGAGCGUCGGUGGAAGACCCUCGAGAAGCAGAUUGAGCAAGUCAGAUCGAUUCGACAAAUGUCGGACAGUUUUCUACUUGCCGAACCGUUGCGAGAGUACUUUACUGUGCGAACAGCUGAGGUCUGUGGUGUGUUGAUUCCACGACUGCAUGAAUCCCCAAGUUCACCCUCCUCCUCGAUUGUGAGAACCCCAACCGCUGUGGGCAAUCUACGGAAGAUUGCGAAAGCAUUACUCGCGCCUGAGCCCAUCCUACUCGUUGGGCUACCAAACUCGGGCAAGACAACUUUGGUCAACGACGUCGCUGCGACAAUGGGACAGCUAGAGUCUAUGGUUACACUUCAUCUGAACGAACAAACAGACGCGAAGAGUCUCCUCGGAAUGUACUCAACAUCCCCGGCUACAGGUUCCUUUGCUUGGCAGCCGGGUGUCUUGACCAAGGCUGCAAGGGAAGGUCGCUGGAUUUUGAUCGAGGAUCUUGAUCGUGCUCCAUCUGAAGUCAUCGGUCUCAUAUUGCCCAUCAUUGAGAAGGGCGAGUUGACCAUAGCUAGUAGAAAGGAACGCAUCAAGUGCGCCGAGGGUUUCAAGAUCAUUGCAACCAUGAAGUCAACCUAUAAUAUUGCGGGCGAAGAGAUUGCGCCAAACACCAAUCUGUUGGGAAGCAGAUUGUGGCAGAGAGUGCAGAUAGACUCGCUUUCCAUAGAAGAAAUUCGAGAGGUGAUCAUCCGCAAAUUCCCUCUUCUUGAAUCUCGCGUUCCCGUUAUCAUGGAUGUCUACGAAAGGGUCUGCUCCUCAUUCCACGGAAGCCUUGCCAUUAAAAGCUCCCAAGGAAGGACCCCGGGUCUUCGCGAUCUGAUCAAGCUUUGCAGCAGAUUGCAUAUGCGACUGCAGCGACUGGGGGUCAAGACUGGCUAUGAAGCGACGCCCGAAGCUGUCGAGGAUGAGAUAUUUCUGGACGUUGUGGAUGUUUUCCUUAGAUACAUUCCCGAAAAAACUUUGGCGGACUCGCUUGCAUUGGUUGUCGCCGAAGCGCUCCAGAUAUCGCCACAACGGGCGCAAUUCUGUCUUCAUGAACGGACGCCAGCCUAUUCAGACCAUGGAAACAGCGUGACCCUUGGAAGGGAGAUCUGUCGAAAGAAUAAAGUACCCAGUGGAUCAGCUUCAAAGCUUGCAGCUGCUUCCUCGCGCUUUGCAUCGACUCGAGCGGCCUUGAAGCUGAUGGAACAGGUUGCUGCCGCUGUGCAAAUGGCCGAGCCUGUUCUUCUCGUCGGAGAGACCGGCAUUGGGAAAACCACAGUCGUCCAACAGCUUGCAAAUUUGAUGCGGCAGAAGCUCACGGUAGUGAACUUGUCGCAGCAGAGCGAAAGUACUGAUCUGCUGGGUGGCUUCAAGCCUGUCAAUAUCCGUACCAUGGCUGUCCCUAUGCUCGAUGAAUUUAACACUCUCUUUGAAUUGACGUUCUCUGCAAAGAAGAACCAGAAAUUCUUGUCUUCUGUUUCGAAAAGUGUUGCUGCGGGAAACUGGGUGCGUUUGGUCAAUUUUUGGCAUGAAGCCGUUCGGCUUGCCGAUGGUGUGUUUAAACCAAACAAGCAGAGUCGGGCCGGUGAGGAGGAGCAGCAGCCGACGAAGAAGAGAAAACUGGAUUCGCCCAAGUACCAGCAGCUACGACUGAGAUGGGAGAGAUUUGCAGCGCAACUGAACGAUUUUGAGGCUCAAGUUUCGCAAGGUGACGCCAAGUUCGCUUUCGCCUUCGUCCAGGGCAAAAUCGUUCGUGCACUUCGCAAUGGAGAAUGGGUCCUGCUUGAUGAGGUCAAUCUAGCCUCCCCAGAUACUCUCGAGAAUAUCGCCAGUCUUCUGCAUCAUGGUAGCGAAGGUUCUCCUUCUGUUCUGCUAUCCGAAGCUGGCGAUGUGGAACGGGUUUUUGGCCAUCCUGAUUUUCGCAUAUUCGGUGCCAUGAAUCCCGCAACUGACGCUGGAAAGAAAGAUCUUCCUCCUGGACUCAGAUCUCGUUUCACGGAAGUAUAUGUACAAUCUCCCGAUACCGACCUGGACGAUUUGCUCGCUUUGAUUCAGAAAUACCUGGGUGACCUAACAAUAGGCGACUCGAGGGUCGUGUCGGACCUAGCGCAGCUUUACAUGGAGACCAAGAAACUCAGCAACGAGAACAAACUCACUGACGGAGCUGGACAACGGCCUCAUUUUAGUAUUCGAACCCUCGUUCGUGCACUCAUAUAUGUCCUCGAAAAUGCCCAUAUAUAUGGUUUGCGCCGGGCGAUCUUUGAGGGCUACUGUAUGAGUUUCUUGACCGUUCUAAGCCAAGAAUCCGAGCGGCUACUCUUGCCUCUUCUUGAGCG